ACGUGACGCAAUCAUUUGCGAAUUGAUAGGGAUUAAUUACAUGAUAACACAUGCAUAUUUAAUCGAACAAAUAGGAGAGGAUAACGAGCCACACCAGGCGAGCCGAUUGGUUUCUGGAGCCAUUCCGAUUUUCACUCCUUACCUCCUUGUUGCGCAACAACCUGUUCACACGUACACACUCGCACACACGACAGCAUGCAUGUUCACUCAAAUCGACACGUCUCAAGAACUGAAUAAAGUCAUCGAGAGUAGCCAAGCAGCAACAAACCGGUCUAUAUGGAGUUAUUCCAGGCAGUAUACGUUUAGCCAGUAGAUCGUCAACAUCGUGUCGACGUGUUCUGCGAUUCUAAUACGUAUUUCAAUUCGACUAUUCAAAGAAGAGAAAGAUGAAUUCGUCUGUAUUGAGAUCCGUCUUCCGAAAUAUAUCACAGAAAUCACUAACGCAAACACGUAAAAUACAUUUAUGUGCAUCAAGGCUCCAACACUAUCCAUUGACCGAAUUUUCGGAAGAUGAACUUAUGAUGAAAGAGAGUGUCACUAAACUAGCUAAGGAAGAAAUCACCCCACUUGUACGGAAAAUGGAGAAAGAGCAGAAAAUAGACGACGGCCUUCUGAAGAUGCUUUUUGACAAUGGCUUUAUGGGGCUCGAAAUUCCAACAGAUUACGGCGGCACUGGAAGCAAUUUCAUGAGCACAAUUCUAACUGUUGAAGAAGUGGCGAAGGUCGACGGAGCUGUAGCCGCUCUCGUAGACAUACAUAACACUUUGGUGAACUCGUUGAUCAUUAAGGUCGCCUCCGAAGAACAGAAACGAAAAUAUCUACCUAAAUUAGCACAACAAUGCGCUGGUAGCUUUUGUCUGACGGAACCUGGCUCGGGUUCGGAUGCAUUUGCUCUCAAGACCGUAGCGAAAAAGGACGGCAGUGAUUAUGUGAUAAACGGUACGAAAAUGUGGAUUUCGAAUUCCGACAUCGCGGGAAUUUUCCUUGUUUUCGCUAAUGCAGAUACUAAUGCGGGAUAUCGCGGCAUUACAACAUUCUUCGUAGAACGCGAUACGCCUGGUAUGACGGUAGCUAAGCCCGAAGAUAAGUUGGGUAUCAAGGCAUCCGGAACUUGUAUGGUCCACUUCGACAAUGUCAGAGUACCCGAAAGUAAUAUUUUGGGUCAGUUUGGACACGGCUACAAAUACGCAGCUGGAUUUUUGAAUGAGGGUAGAGUUGGUAUAGGAGCUCAAAUGAUCGGUAUAGCGCAAGGAUGCUUGGACGCGACUAUACCGUACACACUGGAGAGGAAACAAUUUGGAAAAGACAUUUUCUCAUUUCAGUCGAUGCAACAUCAAAUAGCUCAGGCGGUAACCGAUGUAGAAUGUGCUAGGUUGCUGGUUUACAAUGCAGCUAGGCUGGUGGACGCUAAGAAGGAUGUUAUGAAAGAAGCAGCUAUGGCCAAGUUAAUCGCAUCCGAGACUGCACUGCGUGUCACUGCUAAGUGCAUAGAUUUCAUGGGUGGUGUCGGAUUUACGACAGAUUUUCCUCAAGAGAAGUUCUUCAGAGAUGCGAAAAUCGGCACUAUAUACGAGGGUACGAGUAAUAUGCAGCUAUCAACGAUUGCAAAGUGCAUACGCAAGCAGUACUCGUAAUAAUCUCGACAACGAUCAGUAUGAGUUUUUCUAAACUUGUGAUUUGUAUAGCUUAUAUAACGUAUUAUAAGAGAUAAAGUACAUAUACCAUUGUUUCAAAAGUAUAUUUUGUACUUUUAUACGAUUCGAGGUUCAAAAAAACGCAUUUAUUAUAAUCAUGGUAUAUGUACAACUUGGUUUAAGAGCACAAGAGAUACACAGAGACAUGUUAAGAAAUAAAUUCGAUUUUCAUGAUA